UAACCAAGACUCCAGACGGGGCUCUUUAUCAAUGCCCACUGUACCGCGGACGAUGUAUUUCAUCGUUUCUUCUUCUCUCUCUUGCUCUCUCCUUUUCGACAUUGACACUGCUACCCUGCACUUUGAUACUAGUAUGAAAUGAUUUUGAUAGAUGGCUUGGAUAUCUGACAAUGGGAUCUUUGGAGCAUUGCGACUGGUACUGGUAGUGUUUUGGCUUUGGUAACACGCAACUUAAACCAGCUAUGCGUUUAACACACGUCUCGAUGCGAGAUCAUCUGCAAUUUCCUGCAGUGUUUAAAACAGUACGGUACAUCUAACAACGGAUUAUAAUCAGUUUCAUGAUUAAUUAACUGAUACAGAGCAACUUUAGAGGGACACGUAACCUUCAGCAAAAGAUGGAAUAGCUGCUAUGGUUUUUGUUUACAUGUAAAGUGUUUUGGCGACAUCCCCAUGUGAGCCUGUGAGUCUAUAAUCGUCAUGGUAUCACGUAACAAGAAAUUAUAGACCUUUUGCUUUGGAAAUAUAUCUUUAGGUGAGUAAGAGGCCUUAUCAUCAUAAUGGCGAGUAUUUUGACGACCACUCCUCGCUUCCUGCAACUUGGGCUACUGAUUCUGCUUGGUUUAGCGCCCUCAAUGUCUGCUAUUAGUACCUCCAAUUUCACCGUCAGUGACGUCACGACCACAAGUGCGACAUUCAGCUGGCUCAUCGUCGGGCUCGACAAGGAAAACCAAACAGAUUUACUCCGCAAUUAUAUCACAUUGAGCAACACUCUCAAUUUCGCAGCCGGUACGAGUUGCCUGAACGUCGACGCGACCUCGAUUACGUUUGAUAAUAUCCAGCCGUACACGACGUAUACCGCUUGCGUGGAAGUCAUCCGACUAGAGAAUGCCGAUGACAAAUGCAACGAUGAUUCCGUCGUUGUAUCGCAAGAUAAGGAUCAGUGCGCGUCUUUGACGACGGAAUUCGCGAUGUGGAGCCUGCCCAACAUCGCCGCCUUAGGCUGCGCAGGAGGGAUCGUGCUCGUUUUCGUGCUCUCCUUUGCAGUUAAUGCCGCACUUCGGAAACCGACCUUGAACGAAACCGUGGACAAGACGAAGAUGAGAGAUUGGUCGAAGAAGAAGAGGACUGAAAGCGUACGCGACUUUUUGGCAUAUGUCGACCUUGAUCGCGAACCUUGAACACCUAAAGUGACUAUAAAAAAAUGUGUGUUUUCCUUUUAAAUGUUCGUUAUGGCGUGU